AAGGCUGAUGGCUAGAGAUAUUGUCUUUCAUUCUCUAUCUCUCUCUCUCUCUCUCGGGUAUUAACAGGCUUAAUUAACUAGUGUCUAGUUAAAUCGCUAUCUAGCAGGCCGCGCCAGAGUGUGGGAGCUCCUCGCGUUACUGUUAGGUUACGCCUAAGAGAAUCUGCUAACUGAGCGAUAACUUCAAACGAAUGGUUUAACAUCUCAGCUAAGCGAUUCUCGUCCCCAACGUUGACAAACACCAGUAGAAAAAUGUAACGUCGCUCUCAACUUCAAUAACCUUCAAAACAAUAAGAGAAAACAGUAGGAAAAGACAAAUAAGAAAAUAUUUUGGGAUCACACCAUCCGCCCCAGGGAUACCUCACCGAAAGGAAAACCAGGCUACUACGUACAGUUCUCGAGAGGGUCUGAUCGAGCUACUGGGACAAAAUGGGGGGCGUUUUCGGCAAGUCGGGGUCCUUCGUGUUGGACCACACGCUGGAUAACAUUCCUCUGAGCAAGAUGGAUGACGAGGAUCUGAGGCACGGGUCUAUAACGACCCUCUCGACCAAAGGAUUUCCCACAGAGGAGGAGGAAGGACCACUGUCUCUCUACGAGUCUCAGUCUCAGCGGAAGUCCCGUCGGAGGUCCCUCGUCGUUGCCUACGUGACCAUGUUCGUCAUGUCGACUGGGUUUUCCAUCGUUCUCACUGGUGUCUGGCCCUACAUGCAGACGCUAAACGCAGAGCUGGGCAAGGAAUACGUCGGGUGGGUAGUCGCUGCCAAUCCUCUGGGGCAGGUCCUGGCGUCGCCGCUUUUAGGGCUAUGGGGCAACAAAGCUGGUAGCAUAAGGAUCCCGUGUAUAGUGACUGUCAUGGCUUACAUCUUCGGGAACGCCAUGUACUCGCUGCUCCCGGCUCUGGACGGCGUCGGAGAGAUGGCGAGUUACUACGGUAUGAUCGUUUCCAGACUGAUCGUCGGCAUCAGUUCAGCGAACGUAGUACUAACGAGGUCGUACGUGGCUGCAGCAACUACCCUGAAAGAACGCACAAUUGCUAUCUCCAUCAUAGCAGCUUCGCAGGCUCUUGGCUUCGUUGUAGGUCCUGUGAUCCAGGCAAUCCUGACAGCACUUGUCCCUGACGAUGUGGACACUGGAAUCUCGUGGCUAAGAUGGGACAAAUAUACAUCCUGUAGCUGGGUGGCUGCUACCAUGGGCCUAAUAAACCUCGUCAUUCUCACGCCUUUUGUCUUCAAGGAACACAACAUAGCUGCCAAGGAAAUAGCCAUGAUGAAGUCUGAGGACAAAAACCUUGUUCUACCCAAACCUAAUAUUAUUGGCGUCGUAGGCAUCAUGUUCUCCAACUUUCUGUCCCUCUUCAUUUUCACUCUGAUAGAAACACUCGCCGAGCCGUUUGUGCAAGACGAGUACGGUUGGUCCAAUGAAAAGGCUCUCAUCAUCGUGGGAGUUGGCCUAGCUAUAGGGGGUUUUUGGUCUGUGGUCAUGUUCACUCUGAGUGGGUACCUCUGUCGGAGGUAUGACGAGAGGAAGAUCCUUUUGUUUCUGGGCUAUCCACUCUUAGUUUUGGGCGCCUUCCUCUUCCUGCCGUGGGGAAGCGCUUUUAUGUCUAUGAAAUGUCAAAAUGACACAACAACCACAUUCUCUAGCACAGUGACGAUGCUGCCUCACACAAGUUUUCCACCCAUCACAACUGUUGCUCCAGUUACAGUGACGACAGGUUUAUCUACCAGUACAGUCAGCACAACUGUAAGUCCAUCUGGCACGGCUCAAGCAAGUUUGCUCAGCGCAUUGCUGAAACAGCCCAUCAUACCAACAGCCCACACUGCAGGAAAACCAGAAGUUCUGAAGGAAUCGCCCCUCCCGUCAACCGAGUGCUAUGACUACAUGCAAGGUACACCAGAUCCCAAAGACUGCUCAGACUUCGGGUGCCCGUAUGACGAGCAGGCAUGGUGCGAGUACACCCCUCAGCUGCCCUUUCCCCAGCUGGGAGUUGCUUUCUUCAUCAUCAUGUGUGGAUACCCAGUCUGCCAGACAAUCAGUCAGGCAAUCUACUCCAAAAUGCUGGGUCCCAAACCCCAAGGGGUGUGGAUGGGGAUCUUGACUGGAGUUGGAGGUUUCUCCCGUAUUUUGGGUCCAAUUUUCGUAACAUACGUUUAUACAUUUUAUGGUACAUAUCUCACCUUCGGGGUGCUGACAGGCGCUAUGGCGCUGGCCUUGGUUGAGCUCUCGAUACUCUAUAAACAGCUCAUUCCAAUGAAGAUACCAAGUCUCAGAGAAGUGGACGGACAUGAUGGCCCAGCUGCCAAAGAAAGAUUUUGAGAAGAUGCAUUCUCCCUCUCCCAGCCGUUUAUCUGUCUAUUAUCUAUCCAUCAGUCCAUCUGUUCCCUUCUAAUUUUUCUCUCAAGUCUGAACAUACAGAGAAACCACUUCAUUUCAUUACUUUUUACUCUUCUUAUCUCGUCCUGUUUAUUGUGUUAAUUUAAGGUGCUGUAUCUUUUUAAAUCGUGAGCGACGCUGUGAUGUCACUUUUGACAUCUUAAGAUUUAAAUUAUUGUGCUUCCUUUAUACUCCUCUUGUUUCUGCUCUCAAAGUCUACCCGGAAAAUCUUUCGUUUAUCGUGACUUCGAACGUGGCUCUCGUCUUUCAUAUCAGCAGUGUGAUGAGAUCUAAAGUAUGUUAGAACUUCCAAGGCAAAUGUAUAUAAUGACUAGAGCCACCUUACUAUGCGCUGUAUUUGUCUGCUACAUUAUCAGUGAAAUGUCAAAAGUGUUGCUGAUGUUUACGUUGUGUAUGAAUGAGAAUAUCUUUGUUAAUUAUCUACAUUAAUUUAUGAGAUAAAUAAAACAAACUGUCUGAAAAACAAUUCUCUUUGUUUAUUACUUAACUGAGGAAAGAAAUAUCAAACCAUUCUGCAUUGGCACAUAGAAGAGAGAAAGUAGACCAAAGAAUUAAGGUGUGACUGUAUUGCAGAUUUUCAAAGAUUUUUAUGGUUCCUACCCUUGGCAGGAGGCCAGAUUAUUAAAAGGACUAUGCACCGGUGACAGAAUAACCCCAGCACUUAGUGAGCUACAUUGGCUCCCAGUAAAAGGAAGAAUAACUACAAAAUGCUUCAAAGCACUAAAACAUAAUGAACCAACAUAUCUAAAAAAACUUCCUUAGGCCUGUAAUGAAUAUUAUAAUCAGACAUGCAAGUGAAGCAUAUAGGCUAUUUGAACUUAGAACAAAUUGGAAGUCAGGCGAGAGAGCAUUUGAACACUGUGCACCAAGACUGUGCAACAAAAUUCUGCCUGAAGUGAAGAUCAUACAAGAAAAAGGCAAAUUUAAAAAAGAACUAAAGACUCUUCAAUUCUGCAGGAGCUAUGAUACUGACGAGACAAUGCUAAAAGACAAUUAUAAAAUAUAAGAAGCAACUUAUUUUGAAAACAUACAAGGGAAUUAUCCCUGUGGAGGGCUGUAUAUAAAGCCAAACAAAGUGAACAUCAAAGCACGUACAGUGAUGCUCAAAUCUGAUGCGACAGGAUUCUUUUUGUAUCGUCCAGAUUCUCAGACUCAAUGUGACGUUGCCAAUUAGUGCCAUCAAUGACAGCGCACUUAACAUGCGCCUCAGGCUGGACAACUUACCUACCUCUGCAGCAUUAUAACAAUAGACCUAAUAAACUCAACAGUCAUAACAUUUUCAGAAUAGGAAUAUGAAUUAAAACAAGUUUUCUUUGAAUGUUGAAGUUUUAGGCUGUGUUUAGGCUUGCCUGUAUGUUGCAAAAUGAUUUAUAGGCCUAAAAAAUUAUCUAAGCCUUCUGAAAUGUAAUCUUUUUCUAAUUAAUUUAUUUGUAGAGAUUACCUGUUCUUUGAGGAAUAAAAGAUGAUGAUGAUUUUUUUGCUAUAUGGAGAAGAUGGCUUUAAUCAAAAUAUCUAUUAUUAACUGGCUUAAAAUAUGAUUUACUGAAAAGUCCUUCUUCUUGCUUUUUGUGUAUAAUUUAUUGUUUCAUAAGGUAACGUGAAGUGCAAGAAUGUGUAGAUAACCUCAUUUGCUUUCUGGCCAAAAAUGGUCAAUAUAGAGAUGUGAAUGCUAAGUGUAAAGUAAAUAAAUCUAAGACAUCUAGGCCUAGGAACAAAAUCUUGGCUUUGACAAAAGAUAAUUGUCAAGGCGAAUAUUUGCUAGUAAGCCAUCAUUUUUGAAGUGGUUAAGAAAUAUAUCAUAAAUUAUU